UAAUGCGCCGACAAUUCGUUCAAAUACCUCGCUUUUCCCUGGGCAUUCUGCCUGAAUCUCUUGGCCUACGAUUGCUACAAUUCUCAUACCUUCCACGAUCCGACCCUCGAACCCUCGCCCGGCAGCAGCCACAACUUGUAAGACAAAACCCAUAGUUCCCCAGACCAUAAAGAUGAGGACCGCCACCGCCUUCGCCGUCGCCGGCUUCCUCGCCGCUAGCGCUUCGGCGCAGGACUCGGCGACCACCUGCGCCACUGGCGUCCACCUCAUCGUGGCUCGCGGCAGCAACGAGCCCGCCGGGGUCGGUAGGAUCGGCUCCGUCGCUAAUGGCGUCGUGGCCGCCAUCCCGGGGUCGCAGAUUGAGGCCAUCAGCUACCCCGCGACCUUUGACAACUAUUCCACCUCGGUCGCGACUGGUACCGGGGCCAUGAAAAUCGCCUUGACGCAAUAUAGCUCGCGGUGUCCAGACUCCAAAAUCGCACUGCUGGGCUAUUCCCAGGGCGCGCACGUUGUAGGCGAUACCUUGUGUGGCAAUACGGAGGACAGGGACAUCGACAACAUGGACUUUGACUUCAACGUCACGACUCCUGUGGCGGCGUCUGUGGUAGACCACAGUGUCAUCGCCGCCAUUCUCUUCGGGGACCCAACACACGACACCUCGGCCUCUUGGAAUAGGGGCACCAGCACCCGAGACGGGCUCUUCCCCCGUGAGAACGUCACGGCGUGCGAGAGCUACGCUCCCAAGAUCGAGUCCUACUGCGACAUCGGAGACAUCUACUGCGAUCUCGGCAACGACACCACUGUCCACGGGUCCUACUUCAGCAAAUACACCAUCAACGCCGUUGAGUUCAUCGUCGCCCAGUUCAAUUCCACAAAGCCUUCAACCAACGGUACGUCGCCCACGACCACACCGAAGCCUGUACCGGCAUCUGGAUCCGCUCUCUCGGCCCCCGCCAUGCUUACGUCCCUGGUUGGUCUGUCGGUACUUGUGACUCACCUGCUGUGAGAGCUAUUGGUAUUAGUUAAUUUAUGAUUGAUGUGGAUAAUUCAGCACGGUUUCGCAAGCACAGCUGCGUAGAUUCCCAAUAGUGAAAGCCACGAUUCGAUACUAUGAAAUAUGCUAGGAUUGUCCACGUUUCGAGACCCUCAGGUGCCUAUCUUGCGUGGAACCACCACAAGCUCUGCGGA